CGCCAAUUCCGUUCUCACCCCAGUUACUCUUUUUCACCUUGAGAUUCAAGCUUUCUUCAACGAUGAAAAAUAAAACUGUGUUGACUGAGUUCAUCCUUCUGGGUCUCACGGAUGUCCCUGAACUUCAGGUAGCAAUUUUCACUUUUCUUUUCCUUGCCUAUUUCUUCAGCAUCAUCGGAAACCUGGCUAUCCUCAUCCUCACACUGCUGGACUCCCACCUUCACACUCCCAUGUAUUUCUUUCUCCGGAACUUCUCCUUCUUAGAAGUUUCUUUCACAAAUAUCUUCAUUCCCAGAGUCCUGGUCAGCAUUAUAACAGGGGACAAGAGUAUUAGUUUUGCUGGUUGCUUUACUCAGUAUUUCUUUGCCAUCUUCCUUGGAGCAACAGAGUUUUACCUUCUGACUGCCAUGUCUUACGAUCGCUAUGUGGCCAUAUGCAAACCCCUGCACUACAUGACAAUCAUGAACAGCCGAGUCUGCACCCAGCUGGUCCUCUGCUCUUGGCUGGCUGGGUUAAUGGCUAUUAUACCGCCAAUCACUUUGAUGAGUCAGCAGGACUUUUGUGCAUCCAACAGGGUGAAUCAUUACUUCUGUGACUUUGAGCCUCUUCUAGAACUCUCCUGUUCAGAUACAAACCUCAUAGAGAAGGUUGUCUUUCUUUUGGCCUCUGUGACCCUGAUGGUCACUCUGGUGCUGGUGGCUCUCUCCUACACAUUCAUCAUCAGGACAAUUCUGAAGCUCUCCUCAGUCCAGCAAAGGACAAAAGCCUUUUCCACGUGUUCUUCUCACAUGAUUGUCAUCUCCCUCUCUUAUGGAAGCUGUUUUUUCAUUUAUGUUAAGCCUUCGGCAAAAGAAGGGGGCACAUUCAACAAAGGUGUAGCUCUUCUCAUUACUUCAGUAGCUCCUUUGUUGAACCCCUUCAUUUAUACCUUAAGAAACCAACAGGUAAGACAAGCAUUCAAGGAUGCAGUCAAAAGGCUUGUGAAUCUUUAAAGAAUUUAAGAAUUUCUCUUAAUGGAUGAAGUCCAACAAUGUACAAAG